AUGCGUUUCAUCCUAACCACCUUCCUCGGCUUGGUGGCUGCUGCAUCGCCAGCUCUAUCGUCAAUUGUCCCGCGCACUUCCAAGGCGACUGGAUCUGUUCCUCUCCCAGAACGACUACUGCAUCACUGGCCAAAUGGAACCUGGGUCGAGAACAUUGCCGUUCGACCCAAUGGGAAUCUUUUGCUCACAACAUCUACUCCAAAUGGCACCAUUUGGCAUGUCAAAAAGCCAUGGACCGACUCGCCUGAAGUGGAGCUUGUCUACAACUUCGACCAAUGGGUAGACCGUCUCAUUGGUAUCGGAGAGACCACUCCUGACAAGUACAUCGUCGUCGGCUCACGUUUCUAUUCGCCCGAGUCGUACUCCAGCCAAGUUGAACGGACAUUUGCAGCCAUGGAGAUCGACUUCAACGUGAACCCGCCUGCUGCUCGCCUAGUUGCCUGGUUGCCUGAAGCCGCAUUGCUUCAAGGUGUUGCAGCCCUGCCGUGGAAGAAGACCUCCGUUCUUAUCUCCGAUCAAUAUGUCCAGCGCCCCCGGUACCAGCAAAUUGACUGGACACCUAGCCCCGGACAGAUCUGGCUCCUGGACACAUUGACCGGAGAAUACGAUCUGGUAAUGACCGACUUUGCUGAGAUGAACACUACCUAUGCUCAUGGCGAGGAUGUCGGUAUUGAUGGAAUUCGAAUUCUUCAUGAUGAGAUGUACUGGGUUAACCAGGAUAAUGGAGGUAUUUACCGGGUGAAGAUUGGUAAAAAUGGCCACCCUGUAAAGCCUAUCGUCCCCGAACUUGUCACUGUUGUGGAAAGCCAGCUGUGGGAUGAUUUUGCCUUUGGCCCUGGAAACAGUGACCUUCUUUGGGCAACCGGCCUCAAUGCGAUCUAUGCCGUCUCGACAAAGAACGGGACCGCAGUUGUCGUCGACGGUGUGGGCACCAGCAACAAUCUAACUUUCCCUGGCCCGACCUCCUGCCAGUUCGGAAGAACCAAGCACGACUCUAACAUCCUAUAUGUCACGGGCAAUUUAUACAGCGUCCCUGAUAGCCUAUUGGACCUGACUAUCAGCGGCUGGGUUCGGGCUAUUGAUACCACUGGGUUCCACCUCUGA